UUUAAUUUUAGAAACAAAGGAAAAAGUAGAUCAAUGUAGCAAAUACGUCUUUUCGGAAGAUUUAUUAGUAGUGGAAGCGUUUUUUAUAUCCAAAUUCUUUGUGAUGUAAUAUUUUUUAUAAAAUUUUGUGCGUGCUAUUUAAUAUUAUUAAUUGAUUUACUCUCUUUAAUGAGAGGUGAGUGCAAAAUAUAUACCAUAUAAAGAUCCAUUAAUUUGACAGAAGGACCACUGAAUAUUGUGAACAUUGUUUAAUCGUGAGAUGUCCAAUGUAUCCUAAACGGGUUAGGAUAAAGUCGAUAGAGCUCAAUGGCUGAGCGCCUCAGUCCUCGAAGCUCCGAGGUCAAUGCCUUGGAACAACGAGGCUAUUUAAUUGGCAAAAAAAUCGGACAAGGAUCUUAUGCCACUGUCCAUCUGGCGGAAUAUUGCGAUGGCUCCAGCCUUAAAAGGAUGCACCUUGCCUGCAAAAUAUUUGAUAAAGAAAAAGCACCUCGUGAUUUUUUAGAAAAGUUUUUUCCUCGUGAACUUGAUAUAUUAACUAAAAUAGAGAAUCCCCAUAUUAUACAAGUUCAUAGCAUCUUACAGCGAGGGCCACGAGUGUUUAUAUUCAUGCGCCAUGCAGAUAAUGGUGAUUUAUUAGAAUUUAUUAAAAGGAAUGGAGUGGUGCCCGAAAACCAAGCUAAGCUGUGGUUCCGGCAAAUGGCUAGCGGUUUGCAAUAUUUGCACAGCAAAAAUAUUGCCCAUCGAGAUUUAAAAUGUGAAAACAUAUUAUUAUCUAGACGAUUUAAUGUGAAAUUGGCGGAUUUUGGUUUUGCCAGAUUCUGUACGGACGGCGACAACAGACGAGUGCUAAGCCAAACCUACUGUGGAUCUGCCGCUUACGCUGCUCCGGAAGUGGUGAGUGGAACACCUUAUAAUCCUAAACUUGCAGAUGUUUGGUCACUGGGCAUUAUUUUAUUUAUAAUGCUGAAUGCCUCUAUGCCAUUCGAUGAUUCCAAUCACCGUAAACUUCUCAAAGAUCAAAUGUCUCGUAACUGGGUGUUUCGGUCCCGCAUUCGAGACACGGUAUCAGCGGCUGCAAAGUCGAUUGUCCGUCAUAUUUUAGAGCCAGAUAUCACUCUACGGCUAACAUUGGAUCGGGUAUUAUCUCACGAAUGGACAAGACCUCGCAAGGAUAAAAGUGCCAGUCUGAUGGGGCGCUUGGUGCAGUCGGCUCCCUCGGCUCCGCACCCGCCCGGGAAGCACGAUGAAGCUGGUACAUCCGCUGGAGCACGUGUUUCCGGUGACCAUCGGGAGACGGAACGAGAGCGACACGACGACAUCCACUUACGCUCCCACGACUGAUAUUAAGAAGUACUGCCGAUAAUUACAUAAUUUCUAAGCUUGUAAAUUUUUCGACCAUCAAAAAUCGUAAAUUCCCUUUAUUAUUUUUGAAGUUUUUUUUUUACAAUUGACGGCGUAACUAUUGUUAGUCGUCAAUAGUGAAAAUAAAGAUUUUUAUAUAUAAUACCA